CGCAUAUAGAGAAGAAGAGGCUCAGUUUAUUUGACAUUAUUGUAUAUAUACAUAUAUCCAUUUUUCUUUUCCCUUUUGCAUUUAUAUUGGCUCGAUAUAUGUCUGUAUACUAAGUCAUGUCGAAACAAAUGAAAGGACUUACUCAGUUCAUUUUGGACUUGAGAAAUUCCAAUGAUCAACGUGAAGAGACGAAACGGAUCAAUUUGGAGAUCAACAACAUUCAGGCGAAAUUGAAAGGUGUGAACUCUUCCUCUGAACGUGGUAACACUGGAGCAUCUGCAUCCGGGUUAUCCGGAUAUCAAAAGAAAAAAUAUGUGUGCAAAUUGGUGUACAUGCAACUUCUAGGCUAUGCAGACACGUCUCAUUUAUUUGGACCUGAGGUCCCAUUACAGUUGGCUCGGUCCAAUGUGUUUCUGGAGAAGCAGGUGGGGUACUUGGCACUCUCCGUGUUGACCAACAACUUCCGUGAGAAGAGUACAACUCUCAGUGAUCAUCUUGACGAGUUGAUGGAUCUUACAUAUUCCACCGUCAAGAAGGAUCUUCAACUGAAUAAUGAGUAUUACAAUUGUUUAGCCAUGCAGUUCAUUGCAUCGAAUUUCAAUGUUCAAGUUGAUGAAGAUGUCACAGAUGGUCCAUUGGUGGUGGAAGGAGACCAUUAUGCAGCCCAAUGGUUGGAAUUCAUUGAUUUGGUUUAUUCCUUUGCCACUUCACCUAUAAUUGCAAUCCCCGUCAAGAAAAAGGCUGUAUUGGCGCUUUUCGUUCUUUUCAAACUUUACCCCGGCGUUAUUGUCAGCAACAGUAAUUGGGUGCCACGUAUCCUUUCUCUCUUGGAUGAUCUGAAUGAUCUAGGUCUACUUACUGCCAGCAUCCCAUUGAUUGAAUUUGUCAGUCACAUUAACCCUCAAUAUGUGAAAUCGACGAUGGCUGCCACUACUAGAAGACUAGCUGGAUUGGUGAUGGGCCCGGACAAUCGAGGCGGUCCAGAAGUCCCUGAAUCCUAUUAUUACUAUAAUUGUCCUGCUCCAUGGCUUGUGGUGAAACUUUUAAAUUUGGUAGAAUCUCUUUUCUUACUUCGGGAUGCGGAAGACACCCCAGUGAUACAAUUCACAUCGCUUGACCCAACAACAGUCAAAACCCUUCGACAAGUGGUUUCAAGAUGUAUCCAAAAUGCAUCUCAACCAAUCAAGGGACUCCCUGGUAGAAAUCUGCAUAGCAGUAUUUUAUUCCAAGCUGUUUCCCUUGUGGCGUUUUUGAAUGCAUCACAAGAAGCAUUACAUGGAGCCACUACGGCACUCAUUCUGCUCUUGGACUCACAUGAAACAAAUACACGGUAUUUAGCCCUUGACGCACUUAUCAAGCUUACUGUACGUUCUCCUGAGACCUCGUCAACUUCAACAUACUUUGAUUCAGAUGAACUUACCCUGAAACUUUUUGACUUGUUAAGAGAUAAAGAUAUUUCUGUCAAACGGAAAUCUUUGGAUUUAGUGUACACCAUCUCUAAUGGAGCAAACUACAUCACUGUAAUUAAUGGGUUGUUACACUGUUACCCACACGCAGAGUUACAGUUAAGAUCAGAUAUGGCUAUUAAGAUCGCUGUUUUAGCUGAAAAAUUCGCACAAGAUCUGACCUGGUAUGUCACUACCAUGCUUAAUUUGUUAUCCUUAGGAAGUAAUUCCGAAGGUAGAUCUAAGAAUCAAUACGUUGGUAAUGAAGUAUGGGAGCGUAUUGUUCAAAUUAUUGUGAAUAAUGAAGAUUUACAUGCCAAAUCUUGUAAGAUAAUUGUCAAUCUUUGCAAUCGAGCAACUUCAGAAGGAAGACCAUUUUCAGAAAAUUUGGUAAAGGUUGCAGGGUUUGUUCUUGGUGAAUAUGGUCAUUUGGUCACCGAACUUGAUGACAACACUUCAAUUUCAGCCGAGGAACAGUUUCUGCUUUUAUAUGAAUCCUAUUUCCGAGUUUCUCUUGUUACUAGGGCCAUGCUUCUUACAAGUUUCCUUAAAUUUGUUGCCCAUUUCCCAAGUGAAGACUUUGUUCCAGAUAUUGUUGAUUUAUUUGAAAUCGAAACUCAAUCAAUUGACUUGGAAAUUCAAACUCGUGGAUUUGAAUAUCUUCGAUUGACUACAAACCUGGAAAAUCGUAAUCUCUUAAAUUUGGUUGUCCGUAAAUUCCCAGCUUUCGACAAGAAGACAAGCCCAUUAAUGACUAGAAUUGGAAGUAUCAGAAGGUUAGAAAAUAGAAACAGAUCAUCGUCAUUUGUAAAUGCACUGAAGAUACCUCCUGCAACCAACAAUCACUUGGAUGUUAAACGUUUGGGACAACUGAUCAAAUCUACUUCAGUACUCAGUUUACCUGUAACAAAGGAAGAAUUAGAAGAACCAGAAGAUAUUGCAAUCGAUCCAUUUGGAGAAGAACAAGAGGAAGAAGACGAAGCACCAACUCAUGCUAAGAAGAUUGUACUCAGUCCUAAUUGGCACCAUGGAUACCAUCGGAUGUGUCACUAUGAUGCUGGUAUUUUCUACGAAAAUCAAUUUGUAAAAAUCCUUUAUCGUACAAUCAAAGAUGGAUAUCAUAUUCAUUACAAGUUUACUAUUAUUAACAAUGCAGCCAAAUCUGCUGGUACCAGUCUCACCGGAUUGACAGUACUUGAACUUGAAUCUCAAGCUGCAAAGGAAGACCCCUCGUAUUUGGUUUCAUUAGAAAGUUUACCCGAUCUGACUGUCCAUGAAAAGACUCAGUUCGAAGUUGGGGUCAGGGUGCGUAACGUUAUUGAACGGAAUGAAAAUCCAAUCUUAUCCAUAACUUUUAAGAGUGGUGGUUCAUUCAACCAACUCAAGUUGAAGUUUCCUGUUUCCUUCUUGCGUACUCUUACCGCUACAAGUAUGGUUAGUUUGGACGAGUUCAAGAUGAGAUGGUUGCAAAUUGGAGAACAACUCAUUGGUGGAACUGGUGAAAGUUCAACUAUCGUGAGCACACCUCACCGCAGCAAUUCGCUGAAUGUGGUGAGAUUACUCUCAAGACUUGGAUUUGUCGUGGUUCAUAGCACUCCUGACAAUUUGGAUGGGAUUUUGGUGAUGGGAGCAGGUAUUCUUCACUCGCAAAAGUCCAACUAUGGUGUUCUUGUAACUGUUCGCAGUGCGGAUGGUGUUGGAAAAUCCUUUGAAUUAAUCGUUCGUUGUACUGGUGGAGGUGUUGCAUCCGUUAUUUCAUCUUCACUUGUGGAAAUAUUCGAGGGAAAGUUUUAGUUACAUAGUGGGAUUCAGAUUAUAUUAUAUACUCU